AUGGUUGAACCUGUAGGCAACCAGUAUGUUGUGGCCCGGCCAGUAUAUUCAGACCUUUCAUUUGAUGAAGAACAUCAGAAAGUACAUAGAUACCAUAAAACCUUUCUGGAUAAUCUCAGAGUCCGCUUCAGCUGCACUCCACAAAAAGCCAAGAAAGUUGCUCUUCAUUUGUUUCCUAUCGUCUCCUGGCUACCUGCGUACCGCUUGAAGGACUGGAUUCUCAAUGACAUUGUUUCAGGAAUUAGCACAGGGCUUGUUGCUAUCUUACAAGGUCUAGCAUUUGCUUUGCUGGUAAAUAUCCCUCCAGGCUAUGGACUCUAUGCAGCUUUUUUCCCAGUGAUUAUAUAUUUUUUCUUUGGCACUUCCAGACACAUAUCAGUGGGCCCCUUUCCUGUGCUGAGCUUGAUGGUAGGAGGAGCAGUUUUAAAUAUGAAACCUGAUGAAAAAAAUGGCACAUCAACAAUCAAUUCAACGCUUGUUGAGGAAAGAGUAAUGGUAGCAGCAUCUGUGACUGUGCUUGCUGGCAUAUUUCAGCUACUGUUGGGUGUCCUACGGAUUGGUUUCAUAGUUAUUUAUUUAUCUCAGUCAUUAAUAAGUGGAUUCACUACAGCUGCAGCUAUCCAUGUUUUCGUGUCCCAACUAAAAUUCAUCUUUCAACUGACAGUUCCUGGAUAUAACGUACCAUUGGGAAUUAUAUGGACACUUAGAGACGUAUUUCGUCAGAUUACGAACACGAACGUUGCAGAUGUCAUCACCGCACUGAUAAUCUUGGUUAUUGUGUCUGUGGUCAAAGAAAUAAAUGACCGGUAUAAAACCAAGCUCCCAGUACCUAUCCCCAUUGAACUCAUUGUGACGGUCAUAGCAGCUGGGCUAUCCUAUGCCUUCAAUUUCAAAGAAAAAUUCAAUGUAGACGUUAUUGGAAACCUAGAAAGUGGGUUUCAGGCUCCUGUUCCACCAGAUAUAACGUAUUUCCAAAGGUGCGUGGGUGAUGGUUUCUCCAUUGCAAUUGUUGGUUUUGCUGUAGCCUUUUCAGUGGCUAAAGUAUAUGCCAUCAAGCACGAUUACACCUUAGAUGCCAAUCAGGAAUUAAUUGCCUUUGGAAUAAGCAACAUCUUUGGUGGCGUAUUCAAAGGAUUUGCUGCAAGUACUUCACUCUCAAGGUCUGGGGUACAGGAGAGCACAGGAGGCAAGACACAGGUUGCGGGACUCCUGUCAGCUGUCGUUGUCCUGGUUGCCAUCCUAGCCAUUGGUCAUCUCCUAGAACCAUUGCAGAAGUCAGUCCUCGCAGCUUUGGUUCUUGGUAAUUUAAAGGGAAUGCUGAUGCAGUUCAAAGAGAUCAUAAUUUUGUGGAGAAAGGACAAGUAUGACUGUUUUAUCUGGAUUGCGACCUUCCUAAGUGCUAUUUUACUGGGGCUGGAUUAUGGACUAGCAGCUGGACUAGGAUUUGAACUCCUGACUGUCGUGUUUCGUGCACAGUUUCCAAAAUGCACACUUUUGGCUAAUAUUGGAAGAAGUGACAUCUAUAGAAACAGAAAAGAUUACACAGAUAUAUACGAACCAGAGGGAGUGAAGAUCUUCAGAUGUCCAUCUCCAAUCUUCUUUGCUAAUAUCGAAUUCUUCAAGGACAAACUGACUGCAGCGGUUGGUUUCAAACCAUUGAGGGUUCUACGCAAGCGCAACAAAGCUUUGAGGAAAAUCAGAAGGAUGUUGAAAAACAGAGAGCUUCAAGUGACACCUGAAGGAUUUCUUUGCACUGUUAACGGUCUGAGUGAUUCAGAUGAAGAGCUGGAUAACAACAGAAUUGAAGAACUGGAUCAGCCCCUAGAUACCAAAGGUCUGCCAAUGCAGAUAGACUGGAACUCCAACCUUCCUCCCAACAUCACAGUUCCAAGAGUUGACAUACACAGCAUCAUCCUCGACUUCUCAGCAGUAUCGUUUCUUGACGUUUCCGCUAUGAGAGUCCUCAAAGAGACUUUGAAAGAAUUUAUCAGGAUCGAUGUGGAUGUAUAUAUUGUGGGAGCGCAUGAUGGCCUUCUCAAUAAACUGGAAAUAUGUGGAUUUUUUGAUGAUGAAAUUAAGCCAUCCAUGUUUUUCCUUACUGUUCAUGAUGCAGUUUUAUAUAUAUUGGUUAGAAAGGAUAUUGCAGUCAGCUCACCAAAGUUCAAGCCUAUUACGGAAAAGGAAAGGGAAGUUCAUUACAUAAUCAAUACAAAUGGAAGUCUACGCAGUCGGGGAUUCAUGGCACCAUCAGAAACAAAAUUCUAAUUGUCAUAGAUAUCGAAAAUUGGAGAAUAAAACAGUGGGGUAUAAAAGAGCCGGAAGUUGAUAG